AAAUGGGGCCGUUUGAGCCCUGGCAAAGGUGGGCUUGGGGAUCCUAGAGAAGGAGAUGGCUGAGAGGCUUGCUGAGCGGGAGUCCGGGGAUGCGCACGUGGGGGCGGCCGGGGGUGGGCAAGGAGUCCUGGAGAGGACGCUGCGGGCUUGGGCUCUGGACAGCUCGAAGGUGUGGAAGAACUGAUUCUGCCUCCUGGGGGCACUGCUGGCCCCCAUCCGAGUGCUUCUGGCCUUUGUCGUCCUCUUUCUCCUCUGGCCCUUUGCCUGGCUGCAAGUGGCCGGUCUUAGUGAGGAGCAGCUUCAGGAGCCAAUUACAGGAUGGAGGAAGUAAGUGGGAGGUCAGCCCCCAGAGACCCUUCUUCUCUUCCCUGCUGUCUAUUUCCCUCCCUCUUUGAGAAGAAGAAAAGGGAGGAUUCUGAAACUAUUCUGUUUAACUUGGGUGAAUGAGUCAGCCAAGCUCAGAUCUGGUUCCCAGACCUCACCUGACUGUGUGCCACAAUGGGGUGCUGGGCCUGAGCCGCCUGCUCUUUUUCCUGCUGGGCUUCCUUCGGAUUCGCGUUCGGGGUCAGCGAGCAUCUCGCCUUCAAGCCCCUGUCCUUGUUGCUGCCCCACACUCCACUUUCUUUGACCCCAUUGUUCUGCUGCCCUGUGACUUGCCCAAAGUUGUAUCCCGAGCUGAGAAUCUUUCCGUUCCUGUUAUUGGAGCCCUGCUUCGAUUCAACCAAGCCAUCCUAGUAUCCCGGCAUGACCCAGCUUCUCGUCGCAGAGUGGUGGAGGAGGUCCGAAGGCGGGCCACCUCAGGAGGCAAGUGGCCACAGGUGCUAUUCUUUCCUGAAGGCACCUGUUCCAACAAGAAGGCUUUGCUUAAGUUCAAACCAGGAGCCUUCAUUGCAGGAGUGCCUGUGCAGCCUGUCCUCAUCCGAUACCCCAACAGUCUGGACACCACCAGCUGGGCAUGGAGGGGUCCUGGAGUACUCAAAGUCCUCUGGCUCACAGCCUCUCAGCCCUGCAGCAUUGUGGAUGUGGAGUUCCUUCCUGUGUAUCACCCCAGCCCUGAGGAGAGCAAGGACCCCACCCUCUAUGCCAACAACGUUCAGCGGGUCAUGGCACAGGCUCUGGGCAUUCCAGCCACCGAAUGUGAGUUUGUAGGGAGCUUACCUGUGAUUGUGGUGGGACGGCUGAAGGUGGCGUUGGAGCCACAGCUCUGGGAACUGGGAAAAGUGCUUCGGAAGGCUGGGCUGUCCCCUGGCUAUGUGGACGUUGGGGCAGAGCCAGGCCGAAGUCGAAUGAUCAGCCAGGAAGAGUUUGCCAGGCAGUUACAGCUCUCCGAUCCUCAGACGGUGGCUGGUGCCUUUGGCUACUUCCAGCAGGAUACCCAGGGUUUGGUGGACUUUCGAGAUGUGGCCCUUGCACUAGCAGCUCUGGAUGGCAGCAGGAGCCUGGAAGAGCUGACUCAUCUGGCCUUUGAGCUCUUUGCUGAAGAGCAAGCCGAGGGACCCGACCGCCUGCUGUACAAAGACAGCUUCAGCACCAUCCUGCACCUGCUGCUGGGUUCACCCCGCCCUGCUGCCACAGCUUUGCAUGCUGAGCUCUGCCAGGCAGGAUCCAGCCAAGGCCUCUCCCUCUGUCAGUUCCAGAACUUCUCCCUCCAUGACCCACUCUAUGGGAAGCUCUUCAGCACCUACCUGCGCCCCCCCCACACCUCUCGAGGCACCUCCCAGACACCAAAUGCCUCAUCCCCAGGUAGCCCCACUGCUCUGGCCAACGGGACUGUGCAAGCACCCAAGCAGAAGGGAGACUGAGCGCCUGAGCCUCUCACCCCCUCCUCCUCAGGGCAGCGCCAGGGGCCUCCCCUAAGCCUCAGCCCCAUCUCUGCUCCUGUUUGAAUUUUGUUAUUGUUGUUUGUUUUUUGUUUUUUUAUGUUGAUUUUAAUUUUUUGUUUGGUUGAUUUUUUUGUAAGAAACUAUUUUAUAUAUAAAUAUAAAUCUAUAUCUAUAUCUAUUAAAAAAAAUGAAGUCCA